AUUAUUAUUAUUGUCUUUGUCGAUCAACCAACCGCGACUACAAAUGCCUUGUUGAGAAGAAGUAUUCAAGUCCACCUUCAUUUUUAGAGCCAUAGGCAUCGAGCUCUCUGUUGUAUUUCAGCUUCGAUUGCUUCUAUUAGUUUCUUUUAGAUAUUUCAUUCGACUCUUCUCUUCUCUUCUCUUCUCAGGAUGAUGAGAUUGAGAGUUGGGGAAUGUGUUUAUGCAGCGUCAGUUUGUUGCUUCAUGCUCCUUGCUGUUUCACAAGUUACCGAUCCCUCCGAAGUUUCUGCAUUAAUGGCCAUCAAGAGCAGUUUAAUUGAUCCGAUGAAGCAUCUUAAGAAUUGGAAUAGAGGUGAUCCAUGUACGUCGAACUGGACAGGAGUUUUAUGCUCUGAUACAGUUGGGACUGAUGGUUACUGGCAUGUCCAAGAGCUCCAGCUACUGAAUUUGAACUUAUCUGGAAAUUUAGCACCUGAGCUUGGCCAACUCUCUCAACUUCAAAUAUUAGAUUUCAUGUGGAAUGACUUAAGUGGCAGCAUCCCGAAGGAGAUUGGAAAUAUUGCAUCUUUAAAACUACUCCUCUUGAAUGGAAACAAGUUAUCAGGCUUUUUACCCAGUGAGCUUGGGUAUCUUUCCAAUUUGAAAAGACUCCAAAUAGACCAGAACCAGAUAUCAGGACCAAUACCUGAAUCAUUUUCAAAUUUGGAUAGUGUUAGACAUCUUCACUUGAACAAUAACUCGCUCAGUGGUCAUAUUCCUCCUCAGCUUUCCAACUUAUCCAAUCUCCUUCACAUGCUGUUGGACAAUAACAACUUAACUGGACAUCUUCCACCAGAGUUCUCCAACAUUCCAGAGUUGCGUAUACUUCAACUCGAUAACAACAAUUUCAACGAGGCUGAGAUUCCAGCUUCUUAUGGAAACCUAUCGACACUAGUGAAAUUAAGUCUCAGAAAUUGCAGCUUGCAUGGAGCUCUACCUGAUCUCAGCAGGAUUCCAACACUUAGUUAUUUAGAUCUCAGUCAGAAUCAGCUCAUUGGAUCCAUACCAUCAAAUCAGCUUUCUACAAGUAUGACAACAAUCAACCUGUCAAAUAACCAACUUAAUGGAUCCAUUCCAGAAAGUUUGUCAAAUCUCCCUUCUCUGCAGAAACUGUCACUUGAGAAUAAUUUUUUGACUGGUCCUAUCCCUGCUAGUAUUUGGCAGAACAUGUCCUUCAGUGCUAAGGCUAGACUUUUACUUGAUCUUCGGAAUAAUUCACUUUCAAACAUUUUAGGAGUUCUGAAUCCUCCAGAAAAUGUUACCCUUAGGCUACAAGGCAAUCCUAUCUGCAGCUUUGCAAACAUAAGAAAUAUAGACCAAUUCUGUGGACCCGGGGCUGGAGGGGAUGAUAUUCCUAUGAAGUCAACAAAUUCAACUGUGACUUGUCCUAUUCAUGCAUGUCCCAUAGAUGAUAACUUUGAAUAUAUCCCUGCAUCUCCACUGCCAUGCUUUUGUGCAUCACCCAUUAGAAUUGAGUAUCGGCUGAAGAGUCCUAGUUUCUCUUAUUUCCCUCCAUAUGUUUAUCCAUUUGAGAUGUACAUGACAAGUUCUCUUAACUUGGACCUUUAUCAACUAUCUAUUGAAUCGGUUAUUUGGGAAAAAGGACCUCGUCUGAGGAUGUAUUUGAAGCUUUUCCCAACGGUCAGUAAUGGUCACUCAAGCACUUUCAAUAUAAGUGAGAUUCUCCGAAUUAGAGGCAUAUUCACAUCAUGGGAAUUUCCUAGUACUGACUUGUUUGGGCCUUAUGAGCUUCUCAGCUUCACUCUUCUGGGACCAUAUUCAUAUGUGAAUUUUGAAACUGGUGGGAAAACUAUAAGCAAGGGCAUUUUGAUAGCCAUUGUUUUAGCAGUUGUUGCCUGUGCUGUCACAACCUCUACAGUAGUCACAUUUUUUGCUGUCAGAAGACAUUCUAGAAACCAGCAUACCAUUUCAAGAAAUAAUUUAUCCUCAAAGAUGUCUAUAAAAAUUGAUGGCGUUAAAAGCUUCACCCUUGAAGAAAUGGCAUUGGCAGCUGACAAUUUCAAUAGCUCAAGUCAAGUUGGCCAAGGAGGUUAUGGGGAGGUUUAUAGAGGAAUUUUAUCUGAUAACACAGUUGUGGCCAUAAAGCGUGCAAAAGAAGGGUCUUUUCAGGGGAAAAAGGAAUUCUUGACAGAGAUAGAAAUGUUGUCAAGGUUACAUCAUCGAAAUCUAGUUUCAUUGGUUGGCUACUGUGGUGAAGAAGGAGAACAGAUGCUGGUUUAUGAGUUCAUGCCUAAUGGCACAUUGAAAGAUUGGCUUUCUGCUAAAUCUAAGGAAACUUUGAAUUUUGGUGUGAGGUUACAAAUUGCAUUGGGUUCAGCCAAGGGCAUCCUUUAUCUCCAUACUGAAGCUCAUCCACCUAUAUUCCAUCGAGAUAUCAAGGCCAGCAACAUAUUGCUGGACUCCAAAUUUUCUGCUAAAGUCUCUGAUUUUGGACUUUCACGACUUGCACCACCUCUGGACGAUGAAGCGAAUGUGCCUAAUCAUGUAUCCACAAUUGUGAGGGGAACACCGGGUUACCUUGAUCCUGAAUAUCUCUUGACCCAUAAAUUGACAGACAAAAGUGAUGUUUAUAGCCUUGGUGUUGUAUUUCUGGAGAUAUUGACAGGAAUGCAACCAAUAUCACAUGGCAAAAACAUUGUCCGCGAGGUGAAUUUGGCACAUCGAUCAGGCACAAUGUUCUCAAUGAUAGACAGCAGAAUGGGCUCUUACCCGUCUGAAUGCGUGGAGAGGUUUGUAGAUUUGGCACUGAGAUGUUGCCAGGACAAUCCAGAAGAACGGCCUUCAAUGUUGGAUGUGGUCAGGGAGCUGGAAAACGUACUGCGAACGAUGCCAGAAACAGGACUGAACACAUCAGAAUCAACAUCAAUAUAUUUUGGUGAAUCUACUCCAUCGUCUUCGUUGCCCUUUGUAAGCAGGGAUCCAUAUGUAUGGUCAAAUGAUCUUAUCAGUGGUGUCAUGCCCACCAUCACACCUCGCUGAAUUGCCUGGAAAAUUUAAAAAGACGUAAAGGAAUUAUCGAAAUCUGUAUUUUGUGAAUGAAAACCGCAUUCUAUUAUUGUUAUUUUGCUGUUUAAAUUGUGAGGGGAAGAAAAUUUGAUGUACAUUAUUUGUUUAGGAUUUCAAAAUGUAAUACAAGUUUGUUAUUGUAGAA